CUUAUUUCUGGAACUUAACUCCUGGGAACCUCAAUGCGGGGCCGCCCUUGAGCCCACAUGCAUCUGAAGAAACCAUAUUUGAAAAACGUUUGAAAAUUACCUGGCUUUGCGCCUUCCCCCUCCCCCUUAAAAAAAUCCUGUAAAUCAGGAUUUGAUAGGCUUAAAAGACAAGACAGGUAAGAACUUUCUGUUUUUCUAGUCCCCUGACGCCGGUCACCAGGGAAGGCCCGAGCCGGAGCCGGACGCAGGAGCAAGGAGAGCCCCGGGCCCCGCGUGCCCUUCGGGGCGGGCAGGCGGGCGGGCGCUCGGCCCGGCGGCAGCUGCUUUCGGGAGCGGCGCAGCUCUCGCUCCGGGACCGCGCGGGGCCAGCGGCUUGGGGAAGCUCUCCCAGGCGCACGCGAGCGCUCCAUCUGCCCUGCCUGGGACGCAGCCCGGGGUGAGGCGUCGAGGGACCCACUGCAGGUCAAUAUUGAGAUUUUUAAUAAACCAAGGAAUGGGAUUUUAAUUAUUCACAACCCAACUCCUCUGGGCCAAACGCGAUUGGGAUGGUCCUGGACACACCAUAUUAAAAGAGCCGGGUCGCUGAGAAGACGGGAUGAGCGCCCUAGCCCUCCGCUGCAAUUACAAAUGAGCCAGACUGGCUAGCACUGGGCAUUGAUUACCCGUGCCCAACUGGACCCUCCUCCCCUCGCUGCCCGUUACUCCCCACCCCGCUCCCCCUCACCCCCACCCGAGGCAGGCUUCCGCGGUGGCCGGGACCUCGCGUCCCUGCAUCCUGGCCGGGGCUGCAUUUUUUCAUGAGCCCGGGGUGAACAGGUGCGAAGUGCGCUGGGAGCAUCCGGCCGGCGGGCCGAGCGCCGUGGGGGGAACAUGGAGAGCGAGCGCGACAUGUACCGCCAGUUCCAGGACUGGUGCCUCAGGACUUACGGGGACUCAGGCAAGACCAAGACGGUGACCCGUAAGAAAUACGAGCGGAUCGUCCAGCUCCUCAACGGCUCCGAGUCGAGCUCCACGGACAACGCCAAAUUUAAAUUCUGGGUGAAAUCGAAGGGUUUCCAGCUGGGCCAGCCGGAGGAGGUCCGCGGGGGAGGCGGUGCAGCCAAGCAAGUGCUCUACGUGCCGGUCAAGACCACGGAUGGCGUGGGGGUAGAUGAGAAGCUGUCUUUACGGCGGGUAGCUGUGGUGGAAGAUUUCUUUGACAUUAUCUAUUCGAUGCAUGUGGAAACUGGGCCAAAUGGAGAGCAAAUCCGGAAACAUGCUGGGCAAAAGAGAACUUACAAAGCAAUUUCAGAGAGCUAUGCCUUUCUACCAAGAGAAGCGGUGACACGGUUUCUAAUGAGCUGCUCAGAGUGCCAGAAAAGAAUGCACUUAAACCCAGAUGGAACAGAUCACAAAGAUAAUGGAAAACCUCCCACUUUGGUGACCAGCAUGAUUGACUACAACAUGCCAAUUACCAUGGCUUACAUGAAGCACAUGAAACUGCAGCUGUUGAACUCACAGCAAGACGAGGAUGAAAGCUCGAUAGAAAGUGAUGAAUUUGAUAUGAGUGAUUCAACACGGAUGUCUGCCGUGAAUUCUGACCUUAGCUCCAAUCUUGAGGAAAGAAUGCAAAGUCCACAGACUCUUCAUGGCCAGCAAGAUGAUGAUUCUGCUGCAGAGAGCUUUAAUGGCAACGAGACCCUGGGGCACAGUUCAGUUGCUUCGGGGGGAGCGCACAGCAGGGAGAUGGGUGACUCCAACAGUGAUGGCAAAACUGGGCUGGAGCAGGAUGAGCAGCCACUGAACCUGAGCGACAGUCCCCUCUCUGCACAGUUGACUUCCGAAUACAGAAUAGACGAUCCCAGCAGUAAUGGGAAAAACAAAUACAAGAACCUUCUAGUUUCUGACCUGAAGAUGGAACGAGAGGCGAGAGAAAACGGAAGCAAGUCUCCUGCACAUAGUUAUUCAAGCUUUGACUCUGGCAAAAAUGAGAGUGUAGACCGAGGUGCCGAGGACCUGUCGCUGAACAGGGGAGAUGAGGAUGAUGAUGACCAUGAUGACCAUGACGACUCUGAGAAAGCGAAUGAGACCGACGGCGUGGAGGCCGAGCGUCUGAAAGCUUUCAACAUGUUUGUCAGGCUGUUUGUAGAUGAAAACUUGGACCGAAUGGUCCCAAUCUCUAAGCAGCCCAAAGAAAAGAUCCAGGCUAUCAUUGACUCAUGCAGGCGACAAUUCCCUGAGUACCAAGAGCGUGCCAGAAAACGUAUACGUACUUACCUCAAGUCCUGCAGGCGGAUGAAAAGAAGUGGUUUUGAGAUGUCUCGACCUAUCCCUUCCCACCUUACUUCAGCAGUCGCAGAGAGUAUUCUGGCAUCAGCCUGUGAGAGUGAGAGUAGAAAUGCCGCCAAGAGGAUGCGUCUGGAUAGACAACAGGAUGAGUCUGCUCCCGCUGACAAACAAGGUAAACCCGAGGGAGCCCAGGCCACUUACUCCACAUCAGCUGUUGCAGGUUCACAGGAGGUGCUGUACAUCAAUGGCAACGGGACCUACAGUUACCAUAGUUACAGAGGGCUAGGAGGCGGGCUGCUGAAUCUAAACGAUGCUUCCAGUAGUGGACCCACGGAUCUCAGCAUGAAGAGGCAGUUGGCCAGCAGCUCAGGAUCCUCCAACAGUUCAAGCUCAAGACCCCAGCUGAGUCCCACCGAGAUCAACGCGGUGAGACAGCUGGUGGCAGGCUACCGAGAAUCAGCUGCGUUCUUACUGCGCUCUGCGGAUGAGCUGGAAAAUCUCAUUUUGCAACAGAACUGAGUCAGAUGAUGACCGUAUUCACUGGGGCCUAGGUUUGCAGUUUCCACUAAGGACAUCUUGCUUUCUCAGCAGUUACGUCUGGUCUUACUGCACAAAAUCUUUUAAGAGAAAUACUUCCAUUUCACCACAAUUGUUCUUGACCCGCAAAGUGAUGUGUUACGGUGCUUCAAAGGAACGCUGACCUCUGAAGUACUUGACGUACUGUAAUGUGUCCAGCCUAUUGCUUUUUGUUUUAGUGUGUCAGCAUAAAUAUUAAGAGCAAGAAAGGCUGUAUAUUCUUAACUCAAGGAUAAAGCGGAAGAAGUUGUGGUAUAAAAAAAAACGGUUCAAGAUCCAACUGAAAUAUUAGUGGAUAUUGCUACUGACUCAUGGAACUGAAAGUUGAAGUUUAUGGCAAAAAAAAAAAAAAGAGCCAAAUUUCUUGUUGCUACAGGUUAUAACAACAAUGAAAAGGAUCUUGUAUUUUAAAAAAAUAUGUAAUUUUUAUAAAAAGAAAACUUGUUUUUCAUUCAAAAUUGUCAUUUUUACUUUAGUAAACUUUUUCAUAGGUCUUAAAAGAAAACGGUUUUGAGAAAACUACUGUAAGUACUUUUUCCACAUCCCUUUGCCUUCUCCUCUUUCCAAAUUCUUUCUACAAAAAUAACAUUUGAUGCUGGAAACCCCCCUUCCUGCAUUCUUUAAAUCAUCGUAUCAGGAACUACUUCCAAGAGAAUAAACCUGCCUCUCUCUGCUGCCAUGGUGAUCUCAAAAACUCUACUCCACACUGCAGCUCCAGCAUAUCUGUUUCCAGCCCAGAUCUUUCUACUGUUAACUAUACAUACUGAAAGAAAGAAUCACAACUUGAUUUCUGAGAGCUGCUGUCUCCUGGUGGCCACUGCAAUCUUACAGGUGUCCCUAAGCAGCAGUCGGACGUAGAUGAUUGAAUGUUAAGAGGUUGCAAGUGACAAUCUGAAAAUUUGCACUCUCGUGUGUAAUUCUCUUUUCAUUUCUCUCUUUCACAACUAGUUUCUGAAAUGGCGAGUCUGUCUCCUGAUAUGAUUUGUAUCAUUUAAAGUUUUAGCGCAAAAUAAUGUAAAGAGAUCUCAGUGGAUGCAGCUGCAACUUACAAUGAACUGUUCCUUCUGAAUCUCCACACUUUGCCCUUAUUUUAUAGUGUUGGAUACAGAUGAGUGGUGUUUCCUUUGUGCACUGAGGCAAGCCUAUUUUUACAAUAUUUAGGGAGAUGUAUUUUAAUUCAUGCUUCUUGUAUGAUUCUUUUUCUGUUGGUUUAUUUUGGUUGGAUUACAGAUUCUUUGUGCAUUCCUGAAUUUGCCUUAUUUCAUGUAAAAUUUGUCAUUCGGUUUUCAACAAUGAGUUGGAGGUAUCAGUGAUAUUUCUUAUCUCCUUGUUACAUACAGUUUUUCAAGUAAUGACUGUGAUUGUGACCAAGUAAUGUGCACUUUUUUCUUGUAACUGUGGACAUUGCUAUGCUUUUUUUCUUCUAGUGUUUCUAGAAUUACUGUUCCUUACAGUUACAUAAACAAACAAAAAAACAAACAAAAAAAACCUUUUGUGAUACUGUUGGUGAAUAUAAUGUGAAAAUCUUAUUGAAAUAUGAGUAUUUUGGAAAUACAUAGUUGCACAAACAUCUUUUUAAAAAGGUGUGGAUUUAGAGUUUGCUUAUUUAAAUGAAAAAUCAAAAAUUGAGGGCUGGUAUAAUUUUCUCUGUUUUGUUUGGUUUAAUAAACAGAUUUCUGUGUUAAAA